CGCACGCGCAAGCCACCCGACGGCUGUGAGGCGCCGGAGAGGUUAGGGUACAGGUGUACCUUGUGCUCUUCAGCUGUUGUGAAGGAGUAUCCUGGCUUGAUCCUGAGCCGCCAUGGGGAAAGUGAAUGUGGCCAAGUUACGUUACAUGAGCCGAGAUGAUUUCAGGGUCCUGACCGCGGUUGAAAUGGGCAUGAAGAACCAUGAAAUAGUUCCCUGCAGUUUAGCUGCUUCUAUAGCCAGCCUUAAACAUGGUGGCUGUAAUAAAGUUUUAAGAGAAUUAGUGAAACAUAAACUCAUAGCUUGGGAGCGUACCAAAACUGUCCAGGGCUACCGGCUGACAAAUGCAGGCUAUGAUUACCUAGCUUUGAAAACACUUUCUUCUAGACAGGUGGUUGAGUCUGUUGGAAACCAGAUGGGUGUUGGCAAAGAAUCUGAUAUUUACAUUGUUGCAAAUGAAGAAGGGCAGCAAUUUGCGUUAAAGCUUCACAGAUUGGGAAGAACCUCCUUUCGAAAUCUGAAAAACAAACGUGAUUAUCAUAAACACAGGCAUAACAUGUCUUGGCUUUAUUUAUCUCGUCUCUCUGCCAUGAAAGAAUUUGCCUAUAUGAAGGCAUUGUAUGAGAGGAAAUUCCCAGUACCAAAACCAAUUGAUUAUAAUCGCCAUGCAGUGGUCAUGGAACUCAUAAAUGGCUAUCCUCUAUGUCAGAUACACCAUGUUGAAGAUCCUGCAUCAGUGUAUGAUGAAGCUAUGGAACUAAUUGUCAAACUUGCAAAUCAUGGACUGAUUCAUGGAGAUUUUAAUGAAUUUAAUCUCAUUUUGGAUAAAGAUGACCACAUCACCAUGAUUGACUUUCCACAGAUGGUUUCAACUUCUCAUCACAAUGCUGAAUGGUAUUUUGACAGAGAUGUUAAAUGCAUUAGAGAUUUCUUCAUGAAACGUUUCGGCUAUGAAAGUGAGCUUUAUCCAACUUUUAGUGAUAUCAGGAGGGAGGACUCUCUUGAUGUAGAGGUUUCUGCCAGUGGCUACACAAAGGAAAUGGAGGCAGAUAGUGAACUGCUUCAUCCAGUAGGUCCAGAUGAUAAAAAUACUGAAACAGAAGACAGGUCUGAAUUCUCACAUUCUGAUGAAGAGAUGUCAGAGAAAGCAAAGGUUUGUAGUUUAGAAAAUCAGAGUGAUCGAAACUCUACAGAUGAAACAGCUGACUGCUGUUGCAUAUCAUCUGGAGAUCUUGAGCAAAUAAAGGAAGAUGAUUUGUCAGAGGAGAGUGCUGAUGCACACAAUUUUGAAAUACCUGAAUUCAUUCGAGCUUUAGAAGAAAUAGAAGGGCAGGAUGUUGACAACAGUUCUGUAACUGAGUGUUCUGAGGAGAAAAACAAAACUGAAAAUGACACCAGGCAAGAUGGUAAAGCAGGUCAAGGAGGAAUCCCCAUGGGCUCUGAAGAGUAUGAAGAUGCAUGCCCUCAUCUGAUUGCCUUGUCGUCAUUAAACAAAGAAAUCAGGCCUUUCAGAGAUGAAGAAAAUACAGAAGAUAAUAAACAGUACAGAACAAGAACUCUGAGUGUUACUUCUGCGGGCAGUGUUUUAAGCUGUUCAACAAUUCCUCCGGAAAUGGUGAAGCAGAAGGUGAAACGUCAGUUGACAAAACAGCAAAAAUCAGCUGUCAGACGUCGAUUGCAAAAAGGAGAAGCAAAUAUAUUUACGAAACAACGGAGAGAGAACAUGCAAAAUAUUAAAUCAAGCUUGGAAGCAGCCAACUUUUGGGGAGAGUAAUAUAUUUAAGAUCUUGAACAUUUUCCAAAAAGUUACUAUAAUCCCUUUUUAAGCCACCCCUAGUCUUUUCUAGACCAAGACAGAUAUAUAAAUAGAUAAAUAAACUCUCUUUCAUCUGUUAAUUUGACUCAUUUGGUACAUCUUCCAAAGAAUAAUUAUAGUAUUCUGCUAAAGCAAUCUAAUUCUCCCAAGUAUUUUAGGUGACUGGUGAAUCCGCUAAAAUCUGUUUUUCAAAAUAAUCUUUUUUAGAAAUAUUUGGGUAUUUAAAAAAAAUACCACUGUUUUUUUGCUUUUUGUUCUAACUACAUUGUAGGGUUGUUUUGAGGACUACAUAAGUUAAUGCACAGAAAGCACUUAGAACAACGCCCAGCACUUCAUAAACAUUCCUUAAAGUGUAGCUAUUAGAAUGAUAAUUGUAAUGUUUAUCUUUCUGCUUUUCUAACGAUUUGGUUGCAUUCUAUUUAACCAUUGAAAGAAUCUACUGUCAUCUGUUUUUUUAGUUUCCAGUAUUAAGGGUCAGCCACUAAUGCAUAAUUUUAUUUUCUGCUUUUUAAAUUGGUAAUGCGGUCAUGGGAACAGAAAGUUGCUAUGGUCUCACCAGUUUCCACAUUUGCCAGUUUUUAUGCAGGCCUGAGCAGAAGUAGAAGAGUUAGGGGUGUGAGGAGGUAGAAUUGAUGAGGAAUGAAAACUUAUCUCUUAAUUCUCUUAGCUGGGUGGGUCCAGAACAUGUUUUCACUUCGAUAGUAACAAAUACUUUAGUACAGGAAAGAAAGAAAAUAUGUAAGACAUGGUUCCUCCCUCAAAGACUGUGUAAUCCAGUGAGAUGUGAAGAUGGGUGCCAAAGUGUGUAUGUACCUGAUGAUGAAUUCGUCCCCUCGGCAUUGCCCAAUGGGCCAAAAGGAGCAUCACCUAUGGUGGAAAAUGGCCACUAGAUGGCAGUCACUCCACGGUCACCAGACAGAAUGUCCUAAAAUUAUUUGCAUCCGUGAUAAUGAUCUACCAAAAAAAAAACCAGAUUUAUUUCCAAGAAUGAUAAAGACCGCAGAUUCCCUCUCACCUUUGUAAAAUUCAUUCUACUGUUUGCAAGACCUAUCAUCUAAUAAAUUACCUUUAAUAAUGGA